AUGUACGUGAUUGGGAAAGGCACGGGUGCCAAUAUCACCAUCUCACAACCUGUAUCCGAGUUCGACAAGUCGGCCGACCAAGGCUGCCCCAUCUGCUGGGUUAUAGCCAGCAUCGGCCGCCUGGACGAUGAUCUGAUCGAUCCUGGGAUGAGACUUUCUGUCUGGUUCGAUGCCUACGGCAACUCGCGAGUAUUGUGCGGCGGCCGAUUACUUCAUAUAUACAUUCCCGAGGGCAACCCUUCACGCGCUCCCGAUCAGUGGACACCGGCACUUGGAUCCAUCCAGGUUAAAGCUGACAUCUCUCCAACCGCAUGGUCAGAGUCGGCGCAGAAAUCCGUACAAGCUUGCAUCCGGAGAUGCACUCAGGAUCAUGACAGGUGCAAGCUUGGGGAAACCCUACUCCCCGCGCGAGUGCUUGAAGUCAGAAACGUCGGCGAUGGGAAAUUACGGCUCCUCGAGACGCAAAAUAGCAGUUCCGGUCAGUACACAGCCCUCAGAUACUGCUGGGACAGUGACCAACCGCUAAAAACAACCUCUACAAACAUCAAAGACAUGAUGACGACCGGGGUGCAGCUCUCCGAAUUACCACCGACACUCGUCGACGCAGUCCACGUCACUCGCUUACUGGGCAUUCGGUACCUCUGGAUCGAUGCGCUCUGCAUUGUCCAAGACAAUGUUGAGGAUUGGGAGAGGCAGUCUGAGCAGAUGUCAACUAUCUACGAGAAAGCGUACCUAGUAAUUGCGGCGUCCUCGUCUUCUUCCGCGACGCAAGGCUUUUUGAACCACCAAAGAGAACAGCACCCGUACUACCUGAGGCUGCCCGAUAGAUAUGGCACACAAGCAACCGUCGCAGCCCAGCUGAUCCCUGAGUCCGGGAUCCACACCCGCUCCCAAAAGACAGACCCCUGGACCAUGGAUGAGCUGCAGUGGGUGUGCAAGACGGAGAAAGAUUGUGAGUGCCGCCUGCCCGCCGCGUCGAACUCCUACCAUUCCAUGCUGCGGGGCUACUGCGACGGCACGCAUCAGGACCAAGUCGCCAGCACAGAGCUCACGCUUCGGGCCGGGCAUGAGUGGUGCAAAGCAGUCAGCGACUAUAGCCGCCGCCGGCUGACCCGCGCCGACGACAAGCUUCCAGGCAUUCCGGGCAUCGCCAGCAGAUUUGCAGCCGGGAUGGGGUUCCGGUAUGUUGCCGGCCUCUGGGCGGAGGAUAUCAUCCAGGGUCUCGCGUGGAGGCGGGACUCAUCCAAUCAACUUGGGACGGAGGAGCUCAUCCAGUGA